ACUGUUAUUUGCAAAGACCACUUUCGAACAGCCGAUAUGCGUUUUUUGGCUUUUCAGUUUCUUAUUUUUUUCACGUCAUCGAUAAAUCAGCUAUCAGAAGGAAAUGCAAAGUUAAAAUGGUUGCUAGGAAAAUGGAGAUCUGAAUUUUCUGGAAAGGUGUUUUGGCCAAGUAUACCUACAAUGACAUUUGGCGAAGAACUUGAAAUUGCUGAAGCUCCUAUCGCACAAUCUUCUGGUGUACAAUUUCUAAACUACAGUGCAAGAGCAUGGUCACAUUCGACUGGGGAUCAUUUUCAUGACGAAUGGGGUUUUAUAACAGCAGAUAAAAGCGAUAAAGUAACUCUAAUAACAGCUGGAAAUAAUGGUUUUACAACUUAUGAAGUUGGUGACAUCAGUGCGAAGAAGUUGGUACUUACACUGAAAGACAUUGGACGUGUUUCAUUUUCUCGAGAUCUUCCUGUUCAUGAUCUGAGAAGGACAUUUUUGCUGCAUAGUGAAAUGUAUUUGGAGCAAGUAAUUGAAAUGCGUACCGCAACUCAUCCGAUACAAGGUUAUUUGGAGCAUUCACGAGUCGUCUAUACAAAACAGAAAUAA